UAUUUCAUCUUCGUUAUCUGUAGACAAGAAAAAUAAAUAGUUUAAAGAAGUUAGACGUGUUCACUGGUGGCUUCUUUGCUAAAAAAAAUCUGUUAUCGCCAAUAGUUUAUUAUUCAAUAAAGCAUGAGGAUUCAGUAACUUGUGCUUGAUUAGUUGUUUAGGUCUAGUUUGCGACUAUCCGAGUUAGAUAUUUUCAUAGUGUUACUAUGGCAACCCGACUACAGUUUGAGAACAACUGUGAAGUUGGGGUUUUCUCCAAGUUGACCAAUGCAUACUGUUUGGUUGCUAUUGGAGGCUCAGAAAACUUUUACAGCAUAUUUGAAGCUGAGCUAGCUGACACUAUUCCUGUGAUUAAAACAUCCAUAGGAGGCACUAGAAUUAUUGGUCGGCUAUGUGCUGGAAACAAGAAUGGGCUUCUCUUGCCACACACUACCACUGACCAAGAGCUUCAACACUUGCGGAACAGCUUACCAGAUCAAGUUGUUGUUCAACGCAUCGAUGAGCGACUAUCUGCUCUUGGGAAUUGCAUAGCUUGCAACGACCAUGUUGCUCUGACACAUACUGAUCUUGACAAGGAAACAGAGGAGAUGAUUGCAGAUGUUCUUGGUGUAGAAGUGUUCAGGCAGACGAUUGCAGGAAACAUUCUUGUAGGAAGUUACUGUGCCUUCUCCAACAGAGGUGGAUUGGUCCACCCCCAUACAUCCAUUGAAGACUUGGAUGAGCUUUCUACACUCCUUCAAGUUCCUCUCGUGGCUGGUACUGUUAAUCGAGGUAGUGAAGUCAUAGCUGCUGGUAUGACAGUCAAUGAUUGGACAGCAUUCUGUGGGUCAGACACUACAGCAACAGAGCUUUCUGUCAUUGAAAGUGUCUUCAAGUUAAGGGAAGCCCAACCAAAUGCCAUUGUUGACGAAAUGAGAAAAUCGUUGAUUGACAGUUACGUCUGAGGUUCCAAUCCACAAAUUUUGUGCAGGAUUUCGACGUUUGAUGCAUACUGAUACGAACACAUGCAAACUCUUCUUCAUCUGGAUCCCUGAGAUGAAUGUUUUGUGACCCAAAAUGCUUUUUGAAAGAAGUCUAAACUUUUCAUUCUCCCGAAGGAUGAUAAUGAUCUGAUUAUCUAAGUGCCAAUAUAGCAUCCAGUUCUUGAUUAAUUUGAAGCAAAGCUUGUUUUUGACUUAUUUGCUACCAACAAUGAGCAAGACAUCCAACAAUCUUCCCCCCAAGCAUGUACCGCCUUGUUUGCUUCCAGUAUAGUGCUUCAAUGAUAGAAAGAAACAUGACAUGUGAGUCAUCAUGGUGAAGACAAUUUAAAAAUUGGUGUAUUAUUAAUAUGAUUUGAUUCCCAAAA